UUCCGGUGAAUCGCAGGGCAUUUCGGUUCGUACUUCAGCUAUUCGACCACCGAAUGCUCUUCUUCGACAUCAACAAAAUCAAGAUGAAAGUGAGGAUUUCUCAUAUUCUGCUAUUAAUUCGGUUCUAGAACCAAUAGCGCCUGCUGUAGUUUUAGAGCCAUCUUCAUAUAGACAGAUUCGGCACGGAGCUGGUUCUAAUCUUUUGUCUAGGGAUUUUGCAACUGCUACAUCUUUUUCGAGGCAUUCUGAUAGUGAUUCAUCAGGAACAUUAUCUACUCAAUUACAAAUGAUUCCGCCAAAGAAACUUACGCAAACAAUACCCCCUGUCAAUACUUCUCCUUACGCAUCGAUUGCCAAAUCUAUGCCUCGAAUUGUUUAUAAUCCUGCUCCAAUAUCACAUGCAGAUAGUAAAGGACGUAAACGGCUUUAUCAAGUUUGGCCUGGAAGAAAUCGCUUUUUUUUGGGUGGAAGAAUAAUGACUAGUAGAGAUUUUCCUGCUUUUUUAGUUGCUUUUUCUGCACUUGUUGUACCAUCAGGCCUCUUUUUGGCAUUUACGUUG